AUGGGAAUUUCCUCUAAAAUCCCUCCUGGGGAAACUGUGGCAGAGAAAGACAAUACGGUCGGAGAGCCUCGCUCAGCAUCGACAAAUGAUCACCUCAACGAUCAGGUCACAGAUAUUUCCAAGGAGGAUCCUGAAGUUAAAGAUGCGGCCGAGCAGUCUACCUCGCUCAAAGAUUAUCUUAGAAUCCUCUCUUAUACGACUACGAAAGAUAGGAUGGUUCUCGCGGUCGCCCUGAUAUGCUCCGUGGGGUCUGGUGUGCCCUUACCGAUCAUGAAUAUCGUCUUUGGUGGACUGGUUGGCGAAUUCGGUUCAUAUUUUACCCCUGGAAUCUCGACCACUGAAACCCAGUUCAAGAUAUCGGUCAGCCGGCUAAGUCUAAACGUUGUCUAUCUCUUCAUCGCAAAGUUCACCUUGACAUAUUUCUCAAUGUAUUGCUUUCGUGUUAUCAGUCUUCGGGUUUCAGCAGCCUUGCGUCUCGAGUACAUGGAGUCGCUCUUCGCUCAGCCAAUCAGCAAAGUGGACCAAGUCUCAGUUGGGACGGUCGUCAAUGCAAUCACCACCCUAUCCAAUUCGAUCCAGCAGAGCAUAUCAGACAAGCUGGCCAUUCUCUUCCAAUCCUCCGCCCUCUUGAUCGCCGCAUACAUCAUCGCCUUCAAAUACUCAUGGGCCCUCACUCUCGCCACUAGCUCCUGUCUUCUGUUCAUUCUCGUCGUCUGUAGCCUGGCACUUCCCGCUGUCUCUCGGAUCCAACAACAGGUAGACAAGGCGGAUGAAAAACAUUCGGCAACCGCAGCAGAAAUCUUUGGCUCAAUUCGGACUGUUGUUUCACUCGGUGCCGAAGCGCCUCUAGCUAAUAAAUAUCAAGAGUGGGUUACAGAAUCCCGGAACCGCGGCCGAAGCAUGGCUAUAGUUGUGGGUGCCCAGUUUGGUCUCCUUUUUUUUGCCAUGUAUGCCAGUUACUCACUGGCAUUCUGGCUUGGUCUGAAGCUCUAUCGGGAGGGUCACAUCCAAGACAUUAAUACGGUCAUCAUCGUAUUCUUCUCGAUCAUGAUCGCAGUAAGUGUUCUUGGAAACAUUGCAACACCGUUGACGAUGGUGUUCAAGGCGGCCAGCGCAUCGACCUCAUUCUUCGAUAUCAUAGACUCAAAAAAGAUUGUCGCUGGCGGUCUUCGCGAUUUUGAAGCGUUAGCUCAGGGUGAUAUCGUCUUCCAAGAUGUGGACUUUAAAUACCCCACGCGACCCGAGAGCAAGAUCUUUCGGGGACUGAACGCUCGAUUCGAAAGAGGAAAAACAACGGCAUUGGUGGGCCCAUCGGGGUCUGGAAAAAGCACUAUUGUCGCUCUUAUGGAGCGAUGGUAUACCCCGGAAGAAGGAAGUAUCAUGGUGGGUCAACGAAACAUCGCAGAGCUGGAUCUCAAAUGGUGGAGGUCCCAAAUUGGACUCGUACAGCAAGACCCGUUUCUCUUCAACGAUACAAUCUUCAAGAACAUCUCGUAUGGCCUUGUCGGCACAAGGUGGGAGAAUGAGCCCGAUUCUGUUAAAGCCGAAUUAGUGCACAAUGCAUGUAAAGAAGCAUUUGCAAAUGAGUUUAUCGAGCGUCUUCCAAAGGGGUACGACACCACUGUGGGAGAGAACGGCACCAAGUUGAGCGGCGGACAAAGACAGCGUCUGGCGAUAGCCCGAAGCAUCGUGAAAGAUCCCACCAUUUUGGUUCUGGAUGAAGCUACAAGCGCAAUUGACGUCCGUGCAGAAAAGAUAGUACAGGCAGCCCUUGAUCGUGUCUCCCAAAAUCGCACCACAAUUGUGAUUGCACACAGGCUGUCAACCAUUCGGCACGCCGAUCGCAUUCUGGUUCUCAGGGGCGGUGUCAAUGUCGAGGAAGGGACACACGAGGGGCUUCUUGCCAUGGAGGGUGGGCUUUACCGAAGUUUUGUCAAUGCACAAAAACUUGAGAUUGCCGCAGAAGAAGAAGCCGAUACAAUGGAAGCUACGAAAGCCUUGAAGAAGGAACUUGAUCAUUCUAACACUGUCAUCUCCUCGCAGCCACAAGAUGAGAACGAGGAGAAAAUAAAACACCGUGGCUUCUUUCGAAGCACUGGGGUUUUUGUUUACGAGGCACGGACACAUUGGUUACUUUGCAUGACUGCUUUACUGGGGUUACUAGGUGCUGCAUCUGCAUUCCCCUUACAGAGUUGGCUAUUCGCGAAUAUUAUCGAUGUGUUCCGCCUCACAGGAAAAAAUCUGAGCGAUACUGCCAAUUUCUGGGCUUUGAUGUUCUUCGUUCUGUCUCUAGGCAUUGCAGCCUGCUACGCCGCCGUCGGAUACUCAGCCAACAGACUCUCCGUUGAAAUAUCAUCCUCUUGUCGUAUAGAAUACUUCCUAAAUAUUCUGAGAAAGCCCGUUUCGUUUUAUGACUUGAGCGAUAAUAACUCCGGCUCCCUGGUUUCGCGUCUAGCCACAGACCCCAAGCAGAUUCAGGAUAUGAUCGGGGUGAACGGCAUCUUUCCAAUCAUUUCAAUGUGCAGUAUGAUAGGCUGCAUCGCAAUCGCUUUCUCCUUUGGCUGGAAGCUAAGUCUCGUGACUGUGUUUGCCGCUCUUCCGUGUGUCUUCCUUGCUGCAUUCAUGCGCAUCCGAUACGAACUGGAGUUUGAAGCCCUGAACGCAGAGGUAUACUCAGGUAGCUCCCAGUUUGCAGCAGAAGCUAUCGAGGCAUUCCGGACCGUUUCGGCGUUGACCAUGGAGGGUUCUAUCUUGAAUCGAUACUCUGAUCUUUUGAAACAACAACAGAACGAAGCUUUCCGCAUAGCCUGGCUGGCCACCUUGGUGUUCGCUUUAUCCGAUAGCGUUGAACUCUGCGCCAUGGCACUGACCUUUUGGUACGGUGGCCAGCUUCUCGGGUCCAGAGAGUACCAGCCCACCUCCUUCUUUGUUGUGUACAUGUCAAUCAUCCUCGGUGGGCAACAGGCAGGUCAAUUUUUUAGUUUUGGGCCGAGUAUUGCCCAGGCUACAUCCUCCGCGAACCGGAUACUGAACUUCCGACCAGCAUUGGACGACACCAAUGCUGCUUUCAGAGAGCACAUGGGCGAUCAAUCGCUCAGAGCCGGAGCUCACAUUAAUUUCCAGAAUCUUGCAUUCAAAUAUGCGUCACAAGAAGUCCCUCUGUUCAAGAGUCUUGACAUUACCAUCGAAAGUGGCCAAUUUGUCGCAUUCGUGGGGCCAUCAGGGUGUGGCAAGACCACCCUGAUAUCGGUACUAGAGCGAUUCUACAAUCCGUUUCAAGGGACCGUUCUCCUUAAUGGCAAGGACAUCAGCUGUAUUAACCCAGUAUCAUACCGAAGAUCUUUGUCACUGGUACCCCAAGAGCCACGACUGUUCGAAGGCACAAUCCGUGAUAAUAUAACUCUCGGACUCGAUGGCUCAGAGUACACGGAAGAUGGUUUGGUUCAAGCAUGCAUCGAUGCAGAGAUACACAGCUUUAUCACAUCCCUUCCAAACGGAUACUCCACCGAGCUAGGGAUCAAAGCACAGACAGCUCUCAGCGGAGGCCAGCGACAAAGGCUGUGCAUCGCUCGAGCACUAUUGCGGAAACCGUCUCUGCUCCUCUUAGACGAGGCGACAUCAAGCCUUGACUCACAGUCCGAGAAAUUAGUCCAAGCCGCCCUUGAAAGGUUGGCUGCGCGGAGGAGUAUGACGAUUAUUGCGGUCGCGCACAGACUAUCAACCAUUCAAAAGGCAGAUGUUAUCUUCGUCUUUGGGGAGAGUCAGAGCGGGAAAGGGUCGCGGGUCGUCGAACACGGCUCGCAUCAGGAGUUGUUCCAGAGCAAGGGGACAUAUUGGCAUAUGCGCGCGACUUCGGAACCGUUGGGACGCCUCUGCAAAAUCCAAGACUUUGGCUACCGUCUCGGUAUGCGAAGGAAAUAUUAG